AAAAGACUUAGUAAAAUAGAAGGAAAAUAGCUCGAAAAUUAGUUCAAAAAGAUUAUGCAAGAAUUAAUAACAUGAACUAAUUUUAAAACUUAUGAAGAUUACGUUACAUUAACUAAAUAUGGACUUAAAAGUAUAUAAUGAACUAAUUGUUCAUUCUUCUUCCUCUUCUUCUUUCUCUAAUCCCAUCAACAGUUUUACAGUUUCAUCGCCAUGGUCAAGCCCCAUAAUCUCUUCAUCACUAUUCCCACUCACUUUCUUUGCCCAAUUUCUCUCGACCUCAUGCAAUCUCCUGUCAGUUUGAUCACCGGUGUCACCUACGACCGUUCCAGCAUCCAACGCUGGCUCGACUCUGGCCACAAUACUUGUCCGGCCACCAUGCAGGUUCUUACCAACUAUGACUUCGUUCCCAAUUCUAAUCUCAAGCGUCUCAUUCAGAUUUGGUCCGACUCCCUCGAAUUAGAUCAUAUUCUUACGGUUGUCGACGGUUUGCGCACAAACGGAAAUGCCUCUGUUUCUCUCUCGGAGCUUCUCUGUUUCGGUUCACGAUUGGAAAAGAACGUUAAGUUUCUCGGGAGGAUUCGUGGGUUUGUACCGGUGCUUCUUGAUGUUCUUCGUUGUAGAGAUGUUGAUUGUUCGGAACUUGUUGUUAGGGUUUUGGAUUUGGUGAGAUGUGAAAUUGAGGAUCGGGUGGAGUUUAUGAACUUGAUGUUGAAAAGCGAUCGAGAUUGUUUGAGAUCUCUCGUUCUUGUUCUUCAACGAGGAAGUUCGGAGUCGCGAAUUGGGACGGUGAGGCUGCUUGAAUGCAUCGCCAUUAACGCCGAAUCCAAGAAUCUAAUUGCUGAAAACGAAGGAAUUCUACACGAAUUGAUUGAAGUAAUCGGAAUAGAUGAAGAUCCAAAACUAAUCGAAUCAGUACUCUCGUGCUUAAUCCCAAUAUCAAUGCCGAAACGGGUGAAAAUCAAAUUGGUUCGAUUAGGAGUAAUAAAAGCCCUAACCAGAUUGUUGAAGCACCAGAACGCGAGUGUUGGAGUGACGGAGAAGGUACUGAGGUUGUUGGCGGCGGCAGCGGCGGUGGAGGAAGGACGGUGGGAGAUGAUGGAGAACGGAGGAGAAUGCGUGGGAAGGAUGGUGCGGAAAGUGAUGAAGGUGUCGAGUGCGGCGACGGAGCAGGCAGUGACGGCGCUGUGGUGUAUAUGUUAUUUGUACCGGGAAGAAAGAGCGGCGGUGGCAGCAGCGGAGGCGAAAGGGGUUGAGAAGAUAUUGUUGCUUAUGCAGAGCCACUGCCCGGCGACGGUGAGGGCAAUGGCCAAAGAUCUAUUAAAGACUUUCAAAGGUUAUUCCAAUAUAAUUACGUUUGAAUAUCAAAUCAUUUAAACAAACACAAGCACAAACACAAUGUUGAUUAAUUCAUUCAUUAAUCCAACACUUUUGUGUUUUAAAAUUGUUCAUAUACAACAAGUAGUGAUGUAAUUCAAUCGGUUCCUUUGUAAAUUUGAGUAACAUUCUUUUUCAAGUGAAUACAAAUUGGCUAUUGAUUACAAUCGCGACCUAUUAUUAUUGUAUUUUGAAAGUGAUGUAUUAGAAAGUUCAUCUUA